AUGUCUGUCGCUCUGCCCACCACCCUCGUCGUCGUCGGUCUCCUCGCCCUCCUCAGCGCGUGCCGCUCCGUCGCGACGACGGACACCCUCUCGCCCGGUCAGGUGCUCGCCGGAGACGACACGCUGGUGUCCAACAACAGCAAGUUCACGCUCGGCUUCUUCAAGGCUCCCGACGGCGCCGCCGCCGGCGCGCCCGACAGGUGGUACCUCGGCAUAUGGUUCACAGCGGUCCCCGACCGGACCACGGUCUGGGUGGCCAACGGCGCGAAUCCAAUCAUCGACGCCGACGCCGGAUCACCACAGCUCACGGUCUCCGGCGACGGCGACCUUGCCGUCGUGAACCACGCCACCAAGUCGGUGACUUGGUCCGCCAGAGCUUCGACCACCCGACCGACACGCUGCUCCCGAGCGCCAAGCUCGGCCUCAACAAACCACGGGCGUGAGCACCCGCCUCGUCUCCAGGAGGAGCUCAGCCACGCCGUCCCCGGGCGCUACUGCUUCGAGGUCGAUCCCGGCGCACCCCAACUCGUGCUCAAGCUCUGCGGAGACUCGUCCGUGUCCGUCACCUACUGGGCCACCGGCGCGUGGAACGGCAGGUACUUCGGCAACAUCCCGGAGCUGGCCGGCGACGUGCCCAACUUCCACCUCGCGUUCAUCGACGACGCGAGGGAAGAGUACCUCCAGUUCAACGUGACCACCGAGGCGACGGUGACGCGCAACUUCGUCGACGUCACCGGGCAGAACAGGCACCAGGUGUGGCUCGCCGCGUCCAAGGGCUGGCUGACGCUCUACGCGGGGCCCAAGGCGCAGUGCGACGUGUACGCUGCCUGCGGGCCGUUCACGGUCUGCAGCUACACCGCGGUGCAGCCCUGCAGCUGCAUGAAGGGCUUCUCGGUGAGGUCGCCCAUGGACUGGGAGCAGGGUGACCGGACAGGAGGAUGCGUCAGAGAUGCUCCACUGGAUUGUAGUGCUGGUAACAGCAAUGGCAGUAGUGCACCGUCUUCAACUGAUGGGUUCUUCCCCAUGCCCAGCAUUGGGCUGCCUGCCAACGGGCGUACCUUGCAGAAUGUGAGGAGUUCAGCUGAAUGCUCGACGGCCUGCCUGAACAACUGCUCGUGCACUGCGUAUUCCUAUGGCGGCAGCCAGGGGUGCCUGGUUUGGCAGGAUGGGUUGCUCGACGCAAAACAACCGCAGAGCAACGGCGGUGAUUCUGUUUCUGACGUAGAAACUCUCUAUCUUCGUCUCGCUGCAAGAGAAUUUCAGACAUCAGGAGGAGGCAGGAAACGAGGAGUGAUCGUCGGCGCCGUGGCCGCUGCGAGGGAGCUGGUCAAGGGGCCGGGCGUAGUCAGCGUCAGCAGUCUGCUGGAUGACAAGCUCUGCGGCGAUGCCGAUCUCGUGGAGGUGGAGAGAGCCUGCAAGGUGGCUUGCUGGUGCAUCCAGGACGACGAGGCUGACCGGCCGACCAUGGCGGAAGUGGUUCAGGUGCUGGAGGGCGUCUUGGACUGCGACUUGCCACCGCUGCCGAGGUUGCUGGCGACCAUCUUUGGGAGGCCACACUCGUCAACAGAACACCAGACAACUACCGUUUCAGAUACGUCAACGUCAUCAGGACCAUUUACUAGUGGAUCACAAAAUUAG